AUGGCCACCACCACCACCGCCGAGGACAUGGAGAAAAAGCUACCCACCGAGCCGGCCGUGUCGCCGAUCGAUGAGCCCGAGCCCGAGAAAUUUUCCAGACCGCGCGGUGUCUUUGCGACGAUUCGCUACUAUGAGGAAUACCUGGAUCGCAAGAUGGGCAUAGAGUCGCAUAGUUUGGAUCGCGUGCAUCCGGAGAAUCGCGACUCGCCGAGCUCGGUGGUUAUGGGGCUGAUGUGGGCGUCGGCGACGAUGAAUAUUAGUUGCUUCAGUACGGGGUUUUUGGGUAAUGAGUUUGGAUUGUCGCUGGGUCAGACGAUUCCUAUUGUGAUCUUUGCGACGCUGUUGGGUGCGGCAGUUACGGGUUGGUGCGCUACUAUGGGCCCUGGUACAGGCCUACGCCAAGUCGCCAUCUCCAGAUACUCGUUGGGCUUCUAUCCGUCCUCCAUCAUCGCGCUGCUGAACGUGAUCGAACAACUAGGCUGGGCCUCGGUCAAUUGCAUCACAGGAGGUCUAGCGCUCAGCGCCGUCUCGGACGGUCGUGUCUCCAUUGCCGUUGGUGUCGUGAUCAUCGCCUGCAUUAGUCUACUCUUCAGCUUCAUCGGUCUGCGCGGCGUCUUGCUGUACGAGAAGUACGCAUGGAUCAUGUUUUUCAUUAUCUUCAUGAUAAUCUAUGGCGAGGCGGCUCACCACGCGAACCUCGCCGCGCCACCUACCGUUACUGGUAUGACGACGUCUGGCAAUGUGCUCAGUCUGAUCAGUGUGGUGUACGGAUCUAGUGCGUCGUGGAGCUCGAUUGUCUCUGAUUUCUAUGUCCACUACCCCGUGAACACCCCGAAGAUCAAGAUCUUCUUGUAUACUACCCUUGGUAUUACGAUUCCGACGUGCAUCGGCAUGUUGCUGGGAGCAUGUAUCAGCUCGGCGCUCGGUACGAACCCCGAGUGGGCUGCUGCGUAUGAGAGCGGCAUUGGCGAGAUCCUGAAGACGAUCAUCUAUCCGAGCGGGUUUGCCAAGUUUUUACUGGUUCUUUUGGUCCUAUCUGGCAGUAAGUCUGAACUCACAUCGGAAAUUGGCUGCUGGUCUUCCGAUUUUAACUUGGACUUCACAGUUGGCGUGAAUUGCAUCGCCAUCUACUCUGGCGCUCUCUCUGCGCAGCUCAUCGCCGCACCAUUCGCAAAAGUCCCACGGGUAAUCUGGUCAAUCCUCGUCUUCGGUGGUAUUCUUGCCCUCGGUAUCGCUGGCCGUGACCACUUGCUCGACGUGCUGGAGAAUUUCCUUUCGUUGCUGGGCUACUGGAACACCUCGUUCUUUGCAAUUUUGUUCAUCGAGCACUACUACUUCCGAGCAGGCAGCCUGGCAAACUACGACCUCGACGCCUGGAAUACCCCCUCGAAGAUGCCCGUAGGCUACGCUGGGCUAACGGCAUUCCUAUGCGGCGCCGCCGGGUGGAUCGUCGGCAUGGUCGAGACAUACUAUGUCGGCGCGCUCGCCGCCAAGAUUGGUGCUGAUGGCGGCGAUAUUGCCAAUGAGCUGGCACUUGUAUUCACGACAGUCUCAUAUCUACCCCUGCGCACGCUGGAACUCAAGUACGUGGGGCGGUAA